AUGGGAAAAAGUUUAGCUGAAUUAAGUGUUAUUUGUUUGUUGUUCGGUUACGUUGUAGGUUAUUAUGUUACUAUUGCAGACCUGAGCACUGGUGUUGUUUCACAAAUCGCUGUAACUAUACCAACUCAUCAGCUUCGAUUUAUUUUACUAGUGACGUUUACAGUUACUUUAAUACCACUUUGUUUAGUUUCAAGAGUUCAAAGUUUACUUCGAUUGAAUGUAUUUACAAGUCUAUUUUAUGGUGUAGUUACUUUUCAUAUGAUUUUUAUACUUGGUCUACCUCGAUUAAUUUCCAAUAUGCCUUGGGAAGAAAUGAAUUGGUGGAAACCAGCUGGUCUGAUUGAAUGUAUUCCCAUAUUUUUAGCUUCAAUGUUCUGUCAAACACAAUUACAUGUCACAUCAUCUAAAUGUUUUCAGCCAACAUUAUCAAAUAUGCGAUUGAUAGUUCGUGUUGCAUUGAUUACAGUGGCUAUAGUUUAUGGAUUUUUUGGUUUCUUUGGCUACGUAGCAUUCAUUAGUUCGAAAAGGACAAUAUUUUCCGGUAACGUCUUUUUAAUGUAUCCAGAUGAUUUACGUAGUUUCUGUAUACGUGUCGGAUUUCUACUAACCAACAUUGUCUCUAUACCGCUGAUUAUUUUUCCAUUACGUCAAACUGUAUACAAUUUGUUGUGUCAAAAAAGAUUAACUUCAUUUGGUGUGGAUUUGGAAAUCGAUUCAACUCCUAUGAUUUCUGAAGAAGUUCCAAGAAGGUUUAUUCAGAAAAUCACUAUCUCAUUACUACUUGUCUCAUUUCUUCUCAGUUUAACUACGGAUAAAAUUGAAGUAAUCAUUCGAUAUACAACGAGUGUAGCUGGUUCAUUGACUGGUUUCAUUUUACCAGCAUUGGUACUUAUUGUUGCCACAAUAAAAAAUGGUAAUCAUCAUCAUCAUCAUUACAAUGGUAGUAGUAGUAGUAGUCAUAAUAGUAUAUCACGUUUUUUACAAAUUUAUCGUAAUUAUUCAAUUAGUGCUUAUUGUCUACUAUUAGUUGGUUGCCUUUUAUUCUCAUUAGAAUUUUUCUCAGUACAUCAUACAAAUAAUGGGAAUAUAAAUUCAUUAAAUAAUUUAAAUGAAAUUAAUAAAAAUAAUCUUCAAUUAUUAUCAAAGAAUCAUAUUGUUGAUACUACUAGUACGAGUACUAAUAGUAGUAGUAGUAGUAGUAGUAGUACUGCUACUAAAACUGUUACAUCUCUUCAACCGAAUAUUGUUCAAAUGAAUUUAAAUGCUCCACAACCAAUUCUAAAUAUUACAAUGAAAAAUCCCCUUGAACCAAUUGAUUUAACAAAGAUUCAAUCACAAAUGAGUGUCAAUACUAAUACUAAUACUAAUAAUAAGUUAACUAAUGUAUCACCAUUAAUUACACAAAGUAAUCAACAAACUAAACCCAUUACAAUUAUAAAUAAGACUAUUUUGAAAAAUUUUAAAAAAUCACGAUAA